GUCGAUAGCAACAAUGCAGACGCGGUGCCGUAUUUGAUGAUCACAUCCUCACCACUGCAAACGAUAUCGUUCACAAUCCGCAACACGAAUAUUCUACCAUCAUCAACUCAGCCUUGCUCUUACUCCACUAGUCUUGUGCGACGACAGUUUGACUUCCGGAGUUCCAAGGUUCAUUCCGAUUCACUCGCAACAAUGCCGUCGGGGCCAAUGCCACUCGCCCUGAAUCCAUUGUUCCUCAUUCUCUUUCGAACGGCAUAUCUUUUCAAUAUCCUCAUAUACACUGCCUUCACAGUCCUAGGUCUCAAAUACUGUGGGACCGUUAUCGGACUUGGAGCUAGCAUUAUCGUGGCCAUCGGAUCUGAAAUUGCUUUCGUAUAUGCGAGGGAGGAGGAAGGCAGGCUGUGGAAACAAGAGAGAUACAUGGUAUAAUGGGAACAUCGAUAUCACUGCGUGAGAGGAAACUCGACGCCACAGAAGCCAUCGAGGUGUCCACGCCUCUGGAGUGCUGACGAUGACGUCUGGAGCACUUUUGAUACCACUGUGCGGGUCAACACGCGCUUUCACGCUGGGUCGAUUCUCUAUCGUUCUAUCAAAUCCACUCACUCGCCUCCAUCUGGCAUGGUUCCACGUCUAUAUAUUCAAUCACCUCGCUCACCCUUUCCUAGCCCCCCGACAAGCUUUGUCACGCACUGAAAGCGAUGCAUCGCUUUCGCCCAACAGCCAUCACCGAUAUCGCUCAGAUCUCAAUCCCCGUUUGCUUGUAUCUGCUCCGACUCGGCUUUUUUCCAGAAUAUGUACAAGGAUUGGGCGAGAAUGCGAUCCCGACGACGAUAAGCGGAUUGAUCUAAAACUGAGUGAUACCGGCAGACUGAUAGGGCUGG